UAGUCGAAAGAUAGCUUAAUAAAUUGUUAUACAUAGAGAUACUAGAAUCUUACUAGUUUUCUUACCAGUAGAAUUCUUAAUCAUUAUCUGAAAGUUACACUUUAGUAGUUACAUUUUUUUAAUGUAAUGCCCUAAUGUUAUUGAAUUAAGUCGUGUAAUUAAAACAUCUUCUCAAUUCAUAAAAAAGCUUUAUUUUGAAUAAAUUAAAAUCUUUAUUAGUAUAAGCAUAAUGUGUGCUCUACGCUCAAGUUCUAUGAUAUUUACGGAGAACCGCAACAAUUUGCGACCGGUUCGCUCAUGCCCAAAAACCGAAACUGCAGAAGGGACCAACCGCAACCUGUUACUCAGGACCAAAAAACUUUCACUGGAGUCAGAUUCUCUUAUGAAAAGUUUGCAAGUAAAAUAUGAAUAUACCGAGCCCAAACCUCCACCGGUUAUAGGCCUGGGAGUCAGAAGAUAUAAAGGUUCCUUGAGUUACUUAGGUCCAAAAAGGGAGGACUAUCUUGAAAAAGAUGAAUCUGGAAAGCCAAAUGCAGAAGUACGGCGAAAAAAAUCAGUUAUCGAAAACACCCAUGAACUUAUGAACAUUAAAGAAGAAACUAACGAACUCCUGGCAUCACAUUCGGAAAAAGUUCACCAGGACGAAGCAGAGUUGAUGUUGGAAGUUGACCGAAAGUUGGAGGAAGUUGAACUUGAGUGCGCGAAACUUUGGUCUUCUUUAGAAGAACUUGAUCUUGAUUUAGGAAAUGAUUUAGAUGGAACUGAUGACGUGGAUAUAAAUGAAUUAGAAGCUGCUUCUUCUGGCAACAUCGCGGCUCUGAAAGGUCUUCUCAGGAACGGGUGCGACGUUAAUAAAACAGACGUCGACGGUCAGACGGCCGUGCAACUGGCUUGUUCUAACGGGCACGCCUUGGCCGUACGACUUCUCGCCAGACAUGGCGCGGCGAUGGACGUGGUGGACGACAGCGGACGCUCGCUGCUACAUCGGGCGGUGAUGGACGGCCAUCAGCUGCUGGUGGCCGUGCUGGUGGACGCCGGCGUCCCUCAGCAUCUGAGGGACGCCAGGCGAGGACGAACCGCUCUACACGUCGCCGCCCUCGAGGACGAAUGCGUCAUGCUUAAGUUGCUGCUCCGCGCGAUAACAGACGACCCUUGGGGCAGCCAACAUUUGUUAUCUGUAACAGAUAAGGACGGACGCACUCCUCUCCACGCGGCCGCCGGACGCGGACUGUUGGCGGCGGCACGACUGCUGCUCGCCGGAGGCUUCAGUGUCACGCUCAGAGACGCUCACGGCCACACGCCCAUGCACGCUGCGCUCAUGCUCACCCACGCUCAUGUGAGUCAUGCUUAUGUGGGUCACGCUCACCCACGCUCAUUCGCCACUUCCAGGAUGGGCUAUUACAACAACAACUACAUGCUCACGCACGCUCGUGUGAGCCACGCUCAUUGUGGUGCUCCAGUCAACUCCAGGGACCGGCAGGGGAGGACGCCACUACAUUUGGCGGCGGGCGGUGGACGGGGCGACGCCGUCCACGCCCUGGCCAGACUUGGGGCGAACCUGGACGCCAGGGACGCCAGGGACGCCACCCCCCUGCACGCCGCCAUCAGUGCUGACAGUGCAGCGGUGGUAGAGGCGCUGGUACAGCACGGUGCUGACGUUUACGUCGUCAGCCACAACAAGAGCUACGCGCAGCACGCUCUGCAUGGCCGCAGGAUGGCCGCCUUCGCCGCCCUCAUCAGGUGCGGCGUCAGCCAUGUGGCUGAGGAAGGCAGCUCCAUCCUUCACGCGUGCGCUGCCUUCGGCUGCCUCACGACCACUCAACUGCUGCUAGACAUGGGGUGGGACGUAAACUGCAGGGACGGCGGGGGGGCGGCGCCCUUGCACGCCGCCAUCGCCCAGGGUCACGAGGACCUCGCGGGCGCCCUCAUCGCGGGGGGCGCCGCCAUCGCCAGGGGCGACAACAAGGGGGCGACGCCCCUGCACUACGCCGUCAGGUGGGGGGGCUCAGACGCGCUGCUGCGGCUGCUGGUGAAGCGCGGCGCCCCCCACGCCUCCAGGGACAGACUGGGGCGCACGCCCCUACACUACGCCGCUAGCAAGUUCUCCGUGAUGUCGGACCUGUACAUCCUACUGGGGAGCGGUGCGGAAAUUGACCUGGUGGACAUCAGCGGGCUAACCCCACUGCACCUCGCUGCGAGGUUCGGCAACGAGUCCCUCGUACGAAUACUAUUGGACCGCGGCGCGAAUCCUACGAUCAAGGAUAUGUACAAUUUCACGGCCUAUGAUCAUGCCAAGGAAAAUGGGCACUGCAGUAUUAUGACGAGGCUGCAGGAUUACACGAAGGAUUACUGCGUGAAAAAAGGCGUGGAUUACGUAAGGGAAAAAAGUGUGGGUUUCGUUGGGGAUGAGAAGGGUGAGUGGAAGAAGAGGCAAGAGGGAAACAGUAUUUUGAAGAACACUGAAAAAGACGUCGAAAAGAAAGUUGGGCAAAGAGAAGGAGAAAAGAGUUUAAUAGAUGAAGAAGAUGUAGGAAAGUUAAAUGGCGUCAAGAAAAGAGAUUUGAUCAGAAAAACAAAAAUGCACAGGGAAAGCGUCGCUUGGUGAGUUUUUUAAUCUCAAUUGAACACUCAGAAAAUGGAUGGGUUAAAUUAUCCAGAUAGUGACCUCAGUAAGAAGAGCGGAAGCAAAGAACUAACGUAGCACUGAUGCACCCUUUUGCCGGGCAAAACUGGGUCAGGAAGAUCAACACAGGAACAAAAAGUGUAUCGUAAUUUGAACAAAUUCUCAAUAUCUUCUCUGAGUGUAACUGAACUAUAGGCGGUGUAAGGGUGGCCAACGAACUUUCAAUGACUGGCUGACGAAUAUUCGCCUGCAGGAAUGACUGCACGUCAUAUAAUAACCGUAUUCAUUAUAUUAAGACAUUUUUUAAAUGUAUUGUCAUUCUAAUUUGUUAUUAACUUAUUAUA